CUGGCAAGUCUAGCAAAAAAAAGGUAGUAGUACACUGUACCAGGCCUAUAUAAUCGAUAACGUAUUUUGGGUACCUCCGCGGUGUUAGUUUCAUUACCGUAGACAGAUAUUUGGCGAUGUGUGAAAAUGGCCACAAAAUGCGCGAGUUCAAAUUUGAAGGAUUACAUAGGUUCGAAAGAGGAGGCAACCAUACAAACGCUUGCCACCGAAAUAGCCAUUUCGCCGAGAUUCUGCAAUUUAGUCAUACAAUGUAGUAAUGCUCACGAGGGAACACCAUUUACAGAUGCAUCGAUCACUCUUAAAAUAGUUUUGGAAACCUGGUACGCAAUGCGAACAAAUUAUGCCGAUGGAAUACCAAAGUUUGCAUUUGUUCGAAUGGAAGAUAUUCUAAAUGCAUCUGUUCUUGAUGAUUUUGUAGCAGACGGGGUGAAAGGCAUCGAGAAAUGCAACAAGUGCAUCAAGCAAUCAUUCUUGGCAUUGUUGGAAUUCUUACGUAACAAAGAUCAUCAUGAAAAGGCAAUUCAGAAACUUAUCAAAACUAAUCCUUCAAACAACGGAUGUAAAAAGACAUGUGUUAUGGUUGCAUUGGGCCAACACCUGUUUUCCCAAUUGAUUCCAGGCAAAGUGUAUGCAGUUGAUAAAUUAGCAAAACAUGUUCCAAACAAAUGUAGCUGUGGUUGUAAGGCAGAGAUCUCUGGAGGAAACACUUCAGUAGGUGCAAGUGGAACAUGGCAUGGCAGAGUAGAUAUCCUUUUGAACGAAACUAUUGCUGUUGCAGUUCUGAGUAGAGAAAGGGAUGAAGAAGAUGAAAAUGAUGAAAAUGAUCAUGAUAGCGAUGAAGAUGAACCACCAAUUAAACAGAUGAAGGAAGAUGAAUGUGAUGUCUGUAUGGAGGAGAAAACUGAUGCUAUUCUUUUAGAACAUAAAGUUAUGAAUAAAAUUUUAGCUUUAGCUAUAACCAAUGGCUUUGCUCAAGUUAACAUGCAUAAGGGAACACUAUUAGACUACAUGAUUCCAACUUUUGGAGCAACAUCAGAACAUGUUACCAUAUGUUUGUAUGAUCCUGAAAAUGACAUCCUAUUUCACAUCAAGGAAGAACUGGAAUUAUGGUUCGGUGGGACACCAGAGAAGCUUCAUGUCCGUACCAUAUUUAUCAUUUGGCUAUUUUUGAAUUUCACUGCUUUUACUCGGAGAAAAUUGCUUGAUUUCAUAGAUCUUGACAAGACAGGAUUUCAUGACCAAUUGAAAGGAUAUUUAAAUGAUUAUCAAAAUGCAAAAACACAAGGACAGACUAUUGAACCAGGAUCUUCUGCAAAAGUGUGGAAAGAUAUACCAGGCAAAGAUAAGAAACGUAAGAACCAAGUUUGAAAUUAGACCUAAAACUGAUAUUGCUAUUUCUCAGUACUAGAAUAAUAGUGAAGGAGGCCAGAUGAAGUUCAUGACAUUUUGAAUAUACAUACUGUGUAGGUCAAUUCAUCUGAUGUGAAUGAAUGUCUUUAACAGUAAAUCAGUUCAGAUCAAUAAAAAAAUCUUAGUUCUUCAAAUUCUUGGCUGUGACUUAGAACUUACUUCUAAAUAACCAAAAAGUCUAAGGUGAUGAAAUUUGGUCAUCCGAGGAGCAUUUACUUAGCUAUACAACUUGCAAACUUUUCAGAUGAACCCUACAAAAUUU